AUGGUGAUUAACCCUACCUAUCUCGCGCAGAGAACGCGUUCAUCCGUCAACUGGAACGAUGCUCACAAGCGAGUGAUCAAGUCCUAUCGGGAUUGGGUACGAUCGGCACCCGAAGUCCAACAGAUGUACUCCCUCAACAUGCCCGUUUCCGCGAUCCGAACCAAGAUACGGCAGGAGUUUGAGCGGCAUCGAUAUGUUUCGCAGUUGAAGACGGUGGAUGUGUUGUUGUUUAACAGUCAUCAGGAGUUUCAGGAAACGCUCAAUUUCUGGAAACAACUCACACAUGUGCUCAAGUACUUUCGAUCAGAGGAGGAUCCGAAGGCGGCGUUGCCUAAGACUUUUAUACAAGGUUUCCUUGAGGGCCGAAACUAA